AUUUCUUCUGCUCUAGAGUGCUCCUCUAUAUGCUUUUAUAUCUAAGCGAAAUCUCAGUGAAAUCAAAUCAAAAUCAAAACUUCAAGCAACAUCAACAAAACAUUGAAGGCCAGUGUUUGUUUUUAUUGUUUGUGUAUACUAUCUUCUGUUUUCUCGCCCAAAUUUCAAGUUGAUCAUCAGUUUGGUCUAUCGUAAGUUAUUUGAUGUACUUUUAUUAAAAAUCUGGCACUUAAUGACAAUCUUAUUACAAAUUCAGAUGGGGCCCAGUAACUUAUGUCUUGUAUUGUCAGUAAACAGGUGUCGAUGGUAUUAUUAGUAACACGGAUUGUAUAAAUUAUUGUCAUUGUUUAUAUCAUUUUUGGAAUAAAUCACACACUAUGAGUGAAAGAAUGAGAAUGCUGAGAGCACAAGAUGGCAUUUUGUGAAGUUCAUCUUCAAAGUGAUUCUGUUGAAGGCAUUGCAAUGAAAGGUUCAGAGAAGGCUGCCAAGCAUUCAUAAGGGAUACUUAUGGAACUAGGUAUCACUUGACAUGGCAAAGGAAAAGGGCUGCUCGGAUGAUGUAAUAAUGAAUGUACAGGAUUUAGCGAUUACUGUGACGAAGGGCUCCGAGGAUGGAUCAUUGUCUUCUGAAAAAUUUGUCAGAAAAUUCAAAGCGUGUCUCACAGCUGAGGAUAGGUUUUCUAUAAUAGAAUACGUAUCAGCCGAUGAUGAACUAACCGAUGUUUUCAAAAGCGAUAUGCCCAUCGAUAUUCUGGGUGAACUGAUAGAGGCAUUGCUCUGUUUUCAUGGAACCACGCAAUCGAUCGUCACUGUCUACAGGUUCUUAGAGCAUAUCUCCAAAGUUCAACGGUUCAACCUGAGUCUAGAAUUCUUGAGCCGUGUGGAAAAAGAAGAUCUCAAGAAACUUUUUGACAAGGUGUUGGCAUCUAUGCAAGGAUGCCAGCAAGAUCUCGCAGAGGAUGGUAUUACCGAGUGGGAAAUCAAUUCUUUAAGAAAGUUGUAUAAAGUAUGAUUUAUAGAGUAUUUAAUUCAUUUUUUUUUUAGAUUUUGUCAUAAAAAAUAUAAAACUUUA